AUGACGGCCUCGUGGCUCCAGAUCCCCCCCAGCUCGCCCUUCUCGCUGGCCAACAUUCCCUUUGGCAUCAUCUCCACCGCGUCGACGUCGUCGCCCGUCCCCGCCAUUGCCAUUGGCGACUACGCGCUCAAUCUGUCCGCAUUCGCCUCCGCGAAUGGCUUCUCCCAGCUCCCGGCCAUCCAUCCCCAUCUCGACGUCUUCCACCAGCGGACGCUGAACGCCUUCGCCGCCCUGGGCCGUCCUGUGCACCGCCAGGUCCGCGAGUAUCUGCAAGCGAUCUUCAAGGCCGACACGCCCUAUCCACAGCUGCUCAAGGACAAUGCUGCUCUCCAGAAAGAGGCGCUCAUCCCGCUGACGCAGGUCACCAACCAUGUACCCCUGCAGAUCGGCGACUACACGGAUUUCUACGCCGGCUUGCACCACGCCUACAACGUCGGCGUGCUCUUCCGCGGCCCCGACAACGCCCUACAGCCGAAUUAUAAGCAUCUCCCCGUGGGCUACCACGGCCGGGCCUCGUCCAUCGUCCCCUCGGGCACCCCGAUCGUCCGGCCCAGCGGGCAGAUUCUGGCCAACCCGACGGCGGACCCCAAGGUGCCCAUCUUCUCGCCGUGCAAGCGUCUCGACAUCGAACUGGAGCUGGCAGCUUUCAUCAGCAAGGGCAACAAGCUCGGCGAGCCCAUCCCCGUCGACCAGGCCGAGGACCACAUCUUCGGCCUCGUGCUGAUGAACGACUGGUCUGCGCGCGACAUCCAGGCCUGGGAGUACGUGCCGCUGGGGCCGUUCAACGCAAAGAACUUCGCCACGACCAUCAGCCCGUGGGUGGUGCUGAUCGAUGCGCUGGAGCCGUUCCGCGCGCAGGGGCUGGAGCCCGGGAACCGCGAGACUCUGCUGCCAUAUCUGCGCGAGAAGAAGGCUGCGAACGGCUACGACAUCCGGCUGGAAGUCGAGCUGAAGAACGCGGGCGGCAAACCGACGCGCAUCGCGACCAGCAACGCGAGAAACCUGCUCUUCUCGUUCGCGCAGAUGGUGGCCCACCACACCAUCACGGGCUGCAACCUCAACACGGGCGACCUGCUGGGCAGCGGCACCAUCUCGGGCAAGGAGCCCGGCACGCAGGGAAGUCUGCUCGAGCACACCAAGGGGGGGAAGCAGCCCAUCACCCUGGCGGACGGCUCGACGCGGGUGUUCCUGGAGGAUGGCGACGAAGUGACCUUGCGGGCGGUGGCGGGCGAGGAGGGCAGCUACGUCGGGUUUGGCGAACGGAUUUGUUAUGAAUUCAAUCGAUUAGUAUCCUACGACAAGUUCUCUCUAUAUCCACCGGAUAUUACCGCAGCGGAAUCCAUUCCGUCACCAACCGAGCAGACAAAACACAGCCAUUUACGCCAUAGCCUAUUAAAUAAUAAUAAUUAUUAUUAUUAUAUGCUGACUGCAGAUCACGUACUGUACUUGGGUCCUGUUCUGGUAUAUCGACGUCCUAGCACUGUCUUCGAGUAUAUCAGUCAAUCAACCUCGUCAGGCCAUCUCAACCCGUCAAUCCUAUACUACUUCAACCGGCACAUACACUACACAGAUAUCUGCAUACUCGAGGGCUAUUCAAUGGCAACCACAGCCCAGCCGCUUCCCACCUUCGACCUGCACACCUACUUCCGCUCCUCCUGCUCCGCCCGGCUACGAAUCGCCCUGAAUCUGAAAGGAAUUCCCUACAAUCCCGUCUUUGUGCAUCUGCUCAAGGACGAGCAGUUUUCCGAGGCGCAUCGGGCAUUGAAUCCGUCGCUGAGCGUGCCUGUUCUGGUUGUGCACAAGCAGUCUGCUGGAAACAACGAAGCUGGCUCUUCGUCCAGUCUGGUUAUUCCACAAUCGCUCGCCGCGCUGGAGUAUCUCGAGGAGAUUCUACCCGAUCGUCGACCUCUCCUCCCCUCCGGCCCUGACAAGCGCGCCCUCGUCCGCACCCUGAUGAACAUCCUCGCUGCCGACGUCCAGCCCGUGACCAACCUGCGCAUCCAGAAACGGGUGCGCUCGCUCGGCGCCGACGCGACGGUCCUCGCGCGCGAGACCACGCAGGCCGGCUUCGCGGCCUACGAGGCCCUCGUGUCCCGAACGGCAGGCAUCUUCAGCGUCGGCGACGACAUCACGCUGGCGGAUGUGUGUCUGGUGCCGGCGGCGUGGAGCGCGGCGCGUCUGGACGUCGAUAUCGCGGCGUAUCCGACCAUCGCGCGCAUCGUGGCGAGAAUGGAGGAUGAGGAGGCGGUGAAAAAGGCGCAUUGGAGGAAUCAGCCGGAUACGCCGGAGAAGUUGAGGUAG